AUGACGGAUUUGGAUCAACAAGGUGUGGACCAUGCAGAGGGCAGUGAUGACGAGGACUUAUUGGACGCCCAAGUUCAGCAGUUGAUCCAGGAGUUGUGCCGGGCUCAUCACCAAACCAGAACCAGCAGCAGAAGCAGUGAAUAUAUAAACCUGAUUGAUGUCAUCCAAAAAUGUGACUUGGUGGCACUGCACGAGCUGUAUGAAAACACUGAGCUCUUCUCUCAGGUGGACGGGCGUGGCUGGUACCCGCUGCACUGGGCCGCGGUCCAGCCCGAGGGGAGGGUCCUGGAGAUCGUGUUGUAUGCCUCCUGCCGGUUGACCCUGGAGGAGACCACCGCGGAGGGAGAGACUUUCCUCACGUCGGCGGUGAAUGCUGGUUUAGUCGACAACGUGAAGAUGAUUCUCAAACACGGAGCCUCGCCCCACACCACCACCAGCCGCAACGAGUCCCCUCUGCUUCUGGCGGUCAGGUCCGGGUCUCGCAAAAUGGUCUCCGCCAUGUUGAACGCCGGGGCUAAGGUGGGGCAGGUGUGUCUGAAGAAAUGGACCGCCAUGCACGAAGCCGCCAGGACGGGAUACGCCCACAUCAUGGAGCUGCUCUUGUCCAACGGCGGGAAGGUGACCGACACUGACCAGCACGGAGUCACUCCUCUGGGCAUCGCGGCAGAGUACAGCCACGCGGAAGUCCUGGAAGUGCUCAUCAAACACGGCGCGGACGUGAACGCUCAGGCUCCAAACGGCGACAGCGUCUUGUACGACGCAACGGGUUCAGGAAAUCCAGACUGUGUGAACAUCCUGCUGCAGCACGGAGCCAACCCCAACAUGCACAACCUGAGCUUUCAGCUGCCCAUCCACAAGGCUGCCUACGAGGGACACUAUCUAGUCUUGCGCACCCUGAUCCCGCUCACCACUCGUCGAGCUCUGCGAUUGGCCGGUCAGAGUCCCGUGCACUCGGCCGCAGACGGAGGCCACGCCCACUGCCUGGAGCUGCUGCUACAGAGCGGCUACGAUGUGAACGCGCUGCUCGCCCCCCACGUGUCCGAGAACUACGCCGACAUGAGACGAAGCCCCCUUUACUUCACCGUAGCCAACGGCGACAGGACCUGCACCGAGCUCCUGCUGAGGUCAGGGGCCCAACCCGACCUGGACCCUCUGAGCUGCCUGCUGGUGGCCGUGCGAGCCGGGCGCUAUGAGAUUGUCAAGCUGUUGCUAGCAGCCAAAGCAGACGUGAACUGUUACUUCACGGCGGUCACGGACACGGUCUUCCCCACGGCGCUGCUGUACUGCCUGAAGGACGAGGUCAUGAUGAGGCUGCUGCUCAACCAGGGGCUGGACGCUGAGAAGUGCUUCUGCUGUUCCCAUGGCGACAGCUGGGACUACGACGUGGAGGAUAAUGACCAGGAGGAGAAGGCCACGGUUUGA